CCAGGGGAAUCUGCCAUGUCCAACCUCCCGCCUCUGGCAGCCGACAGGAAUUGCUUCUACAUCCUGACGGAGGACUGUGCCUAUGGAAACAAGUACUUCCAAGCUGGGAACUUGUGCUUCUGCAGCGAGAGGAGCUACCUGCGGAAUUUUUCCGAGGAUGGGCCUCCAGCUUGCUUCCUGAAGGUUGUCAUGCUGGACGACAGCUCCACGGUCACCAUCAACCUGGAAAUCCUGCAGCCCGUGCGCCAGGAAGCCGCCGGAUUCCUCCUGGCCAUCGGGAGCCACAGCGAGCGCUUGCAUUUUUUCCUGGAGAGGCAGAGCCUGGAAGGAGCUCUCCGAGCCGUGCCGGGUCAAAAUGUGAUGGUGGAGGUGGAGAGGGAAUUUUUCCCGGGAGUCGUGCGCUACAUCGGGAGCAUCUACAAGCCCAGCUUGGCUGUGCUGACUCCGGUGUUUUUUGGGGUGGAAUUGCAGGGAGAGGGGGAAAACAGAGGGAGAAGCGACGGGUCCUACCAUGGCACCGAGUACUUCAAGUGCAAGAGGAACUGCGGGGUCUUCCUGCCCUUCAGCAAAAUCCAGUUUAUCCCCACAUCAGGCAACGAUUAUGGGAAGCAGAAGCUGGGAAAACAGGACACAGAAGAGGUGGUUCCCGUGAAAGUGGGAGACGCCGUCAGCUUCUUCGUGGAUGAGAUCCCCACCAAAGGAAUUGCCAUGGCAGUUUACAGGGAAGGGAGCCAAUGGUUUGUGAAGGUUUGCCCGGAAGAAGAAGGAACGACUGACAUUUUCAGGGAAAUCCCCAUGGAAUAUGUUGUGAAGGAGAGCUUGCAAAGCUUUGGAAAACCAAACCAAAUGAAACGAGAGAUCAGCGAGAGCGGCGAGGAAGGGGAAGGUGGGAAUUCGCCCCUGGAAGUGAAUUCCAUGGUCCAGAUUACCUUGGACAAGGGGAAUCAAGUUUCAGGAAUCAUCCGCUGGUUGGGCUACCUGCCCCAAAUCAAGGACAAAAUGGCUGGAGUUGAACUGGAUGAAGACAAGGGGGUCACAGCUGGAGAGUGGCUGGGCAAGUCCUACUUCCACUGCGCCCCGAAGCGCGGCCUCUUCGUGAGGCUGAACUCCUGCCAGCCCGACGUGCGCUUCCAGAGCUUCCCCAACUCUGACCUGUCCCUGGGGGAUUACAGAGGACAAGAAGUUCUUCCAGAGGGUCCAGAGAGUUUUCCUCCCCUCAGGAAUGAGGCAGCAGUCCGUGUUCUCCAAGGGCGGAUGAAGGGCAUCCAAGGCCAUUGUAAUUCCUGCUACAUGGAUGCAGCUCUCUUCAGCCUCUUCUCCUGUACCUCCGUGCUGGACUCCAUGCUCUUCAUGCCCUACCCACUGUGUGACAGGAAUGUCCAGGGAAUUCUGCGGGAUGAGAUCGUCAAUCCCCUCCGUAGGACCGGCUUUGUCAGGGCCAGCAGUGUGAUGCACCUCCGGGAGCAGCUCACGGACAAGGGCCAGUGCUCCAGCUUUACCAACGCUGAGAAAGAUCCUGAGGAGUUCCUCAAUCUCAUAAUGCAGCAGAUCCUGGGAAUUGAGCCACUACUGAAACUCCAGUCAGGAGGCCAGGAGCAGGAAUGUUACUGCUACCAGAUAUUUAUGGAUAAACAGGAGGAUUUGGUGGUUCCUGAUGUGCAGCAGUUGGUGGAACGCUCCUUCCUCUCCUCAGAUUUGAAGCUGGUGGAAAUCCCAUCUUGCUUCAUUAUCCAAAUGCCACGUUUUGGGAAGGAAUAUAAAAUGUUCAGCAAAAUCAUCCCUUCCUUGGAGCUGGAUAUAACAGAUCUGCUGCUGGACAGUCCCAGGGAAUGCUGCCUGUGUGGGGAUGUUGCCACUCUGGAAUGCUCAGAGUGUUUCAAGGACAAAGUGUUUGCAGCCACAGGCCUGAAGCAGUUCUGCAGCUCCUGCUCCAAACAGGUUCACUCCCAUCACCGGCGCAAAGCGCACAAACCCCGGAGGCUGCACGUUCCAGAGGAAUUCCAGAGCUGGAGCGCCCGGGGCUGCCAGCAGGUGCCACGGGAGAAGCUGGAGCUGUUUGCAGUGCUCUGCAUCGAGACCAGUCACUACGUGUCCUUCGUGAAAUACGGCCCUGGCAACGAGCACUGGAUGUUCUUCGACAGCAUGGCCGACCGGCACGGUGGCGAAAAUGGCUUCAACAUUCCCACGGUGAUGCUGUGUCCAGAAGUUGCCAAAUACCUGGACUUGCCCCUGGCUGUGCUGGCCCUGGAGCAGCCUCGGGACAUGGAUGGGGUGGCCAAACGCCUCUUUUGUGACGCCUACAUGUACCUGUACCAGAGCAGGAAAAUGGCACUUUACAAAUGACACCGUCCAGAGCUGAUGGCAAGGAGCAACGUCAGGAAUGGGAGCUUGGAUCGUCCCAGAAGGUGGAAGCAGCCAAGUCUGGAUGCUCUGAGCUGCCUCUUCUCGCCUCUCUUGGUGUCAAUUUAUCCAAGCCAGGCUGGGUUUGUUAAAUCCUGGCUUUAUCCAGUGGUAGUUGGUCCUUGGGCACAGCUGGACUUGGAAUUACUGAUGCUCAAAUUCAUUCUCAUUCCCCACAUUCCACAAUUCUCCCUCUCUGGGUACUCUGCAGCUGGAGCAUCCCCACAUUCUUGUUUCCCUUCCCUCCAAAGCUGGGGACCAGCAGAAAUCAAAACACAAGGAACUAUCCACAGGUCUACCAAGAAACCACAACCUUUCCUCAGAGAUCCUCACCCAGAUUUGUGGAGUGAGGAAAAUCAGGUCAGGAUUGAUUUUCCUCACCUGUGUCCCUAAAUUCCCUGCACUUCCCUUAUCCAGCACUAACUGGCACUUUUACCCACCAUCCCUUAUUUCCAAUCAUGGAUAUCCUGAGCUGAAGCUAUGCUUUAAAAACAGGUAUUUUUCCAAGAACAAAACUGGAAGGAGGAUGGGAGCAGAGGAACAUCAUCUGGGCUCCUGCUGCUUCCUCUUUUUGGCAAAGUCUGCACAGAAUUCAGUGUUAUUACAACCUCACUUUCAGCACUUUCUGUCCCAUCUUUGCAUCCACUUCCAAGUUCUGGGGUAAACACCAGAAUUCCAAGGGCAAAAAUAGAAAAAAAAAAAAAAAAAAAGAGCACUCUGGGAUUUUGUGCAGGAGGGUUUA